CACAGACACUAAAUCCGCUAGAUUACUAAACCCGUCUCACACCAGGGGAGGAUGAAUGUUUUUUUUAACCGUUUUAGCUAUUGUUAAUAUACGGACCAACUGUGCCCGCUUUUAGCCUCAAGGAAACUAAUGCAUUUGUCUGUGGAAUACAACUAUUUGGGAGGACGCCUUACUCAUCUUUUUUUUCUUUUUGUUGAGAAAGAGUCUCACAGGGUUGUCGGGCCAGUGGGUCGUCAGUAGUUGGAACAACAACGAGCUUCGCUUACUACUUUGCAUUAAAAUAAAGUAUUGCUUAGGCGGAUAUUAGAUGCUAGGACACGUCUACGUUAACCGUUAGCUAUUCAUGUAGCUGUUAACAAUGACCCAAAGAGAAAGAGCUAUUCUCCGGACUGGCCAAAACGGUGUCAAAGGCUAGGCUAGGUUAGGUUUUGAUCUCAACUAUUAUGAAAGCUACACUCGGUGGUGACCAAGCGGAUAUUUAUAACUAAUGUCACAUCUAUUACUCCAAAUACUUAUUGUAAAGUAAACUGUUCAAGGAAACCGACACUAUCUUUUGGCGUUUUGACGUUCAAUUCCUUUGUCAUAAUUUUUAAUUGAAUGACCCAGGAUUCAGUAUGUCAUUUUUUAAUUUCCGUAAAAUAUUUAAAUUGGGAUCUGAGAGGAAGAAGAAACAGUACGAACACGUGCGCAGGGAUGAAAAUCCAGAGGAAAUAUGGGACAUAAUAGGUGAAUUGGGAGAUGGAGCCUUUGGAAAAGUGUUCAAGGCUCAGAACAAACAGACGGGAAUUCUAGCUGCAGCCAAAGUUAUUGACACAAAGACAGAGGAGGAGUUGGAGGACUACAUGGUGGAGAUUGACAUCCUGGCCUCCUGCGACCACCAAAACAUUGUCAAACUGCUCGACGCUUUCUAUUAUGAGAGCAAACUCUGGAUCCUCAUUGAGUUCUGUGCAGGAGGGGCUGUGGAUGCAGUCAUGCUAGAACUGGAGAGACCUCUGACAGAGCCUCAGAUCCGGGUGGUGUGUAGGCAGACUCUGCAGGCCCUCGUCUACCUCCACGACAUCAAAAUCAUCCACAGAGACCUGAAGGCUGGAAACAUCCUCCUUACGCUGGACGGUGACGUCAAGCUGGCUGACUUUGGUGUGUCUGCCAAAAACACCAAAACCCUGCAGAGAAGAGACUCUUUCAUUGGAACGCCUUACUGGAUGGCUCCAGAGGUGGUGAUGUGCGAGACGUCCAAGGACCGUCCAUACGACUACAAGGCGGAUAUCUGGUCCCUCGGGGUCACCUUGAUAGAGCUGGCACAGGUUGAGCCGCCCAAUCACGAGAUGAACCCCAUGAGAGUCCUUCUGAAAAUCGCCAAGGCGGAUCCUCCAACUCUGAUGCAGCCGUCACGCUGGUCCCCAGACUUCAGUGAUUUUUUGAAGCGCUGUCUGGACAAGCAUGUGGACAACAGAUGGAAUCCAACACAGCUGCUCCAGCAUCCAUUUGUGUCCAGUGUGAAAGACAGCCGGCCCCUGAGGGAGCUCAUAGCUGAGGCCAAGGCUGAGGUCACGGAGGAGAUCGAAGACCACAAAGAGGAAGAAGAGGAGGAGGACACAGAAGCACACCUGGGCCACAAACGCGCCCCCUCUGAUGUCAGUGUGGCCAGCUCAGAGGAUGAGAAGAUUCCCCUCUCUCCCUCCAUCUUGGAAUCAGUCCCUGAGAAGGUUGAGCCAAUUAUGUCCGUGCCCACACCCACUGAGCUCCCUGUGGCCAACCAUGUGGUGGACACAAGCUUUGUGGAGGAGCCCGCUGCCCCUGCCGCUGAGGAGCACACGGGGGAGACUUCAAACACUCCAGUUGAGGAUGUAGAGGUAGAACAGAAACUAGUGGAGGAAAAGCCUCCAGAAGUAGAUGUAGCCUCCCCAGAACCAGAGACUGAACCAGAAGCACCUGCUAAGGAGAUGCAGCAGCUGGAGAUUACCGUUGAGGAUGAAAAGGAAGUGGACACAGCCGAGGUUCCAGCCGAGGUUCCAGCCGAUCCACAGAGUUCAGAGGUCACUGAGGCUCCUCAGGAAGAAAAGAUGGCUGUUGUCGAGGAAUCAACCGCUCCAGCCGAGGCGGAAGAGGACCGCUACAACAAUCUCAAGGUGACGUUGACACUACCGGAGCAAGAUAAAGUUGUCCAAAAAGAGCAGAAUGGAGAGAAGCUCUCAGAAAAGGAGAAAACUGAUGCAGAAGAUGAGAAGACGGUUCCAGACAAAGCUAAGGACGACAAAGAGAGAGAUUCAGACUCGGGGACUGGCUCAGCCGCAGAUAGCAGCAGUAGUUUAGACUUGAAUCUGUCUAUCUCAAGCUUUCUGUCCAAAACAAAAGAGCCUGGAACUGUUUCCAUACAGGACAACAAGCGUCAUAAGAAGACGUUGAAAAAGACUCGCAAAUUCAUUGUGGAUGGAGUGGAAGUUAGCGUGACUACAUCAAAGAUCAUCACUGACAAUGACACCAAGAAUGAGGAGAUGAGAUUCCUGAGGCGCCAGGAGCUGAGGGAGCUGCGUUUCUUACAGAAGGAGGAGCAGAGGGCCCAACAGCAGCUCAGCAACAAGCUGCAGCAGCAAAAAGAACAGAUCUACCGGCGCUUUGAACAGGAGACCACGAGUAAGAAGCGUCAGUACGACCAGGAGGUGGAGAACCUGGAGCGGCAGCAGAAGCAGACCAUCGAGAGGCUGGAGCAGGAGCACACCAACCGGCUCAGGGACGAAGCCAAACGCAUCAAAGCCGAGCAGGACAAAGAACUCUCCAAGUACCAGAACAUGCUGAAAAACCGCAAGAAAGAGGAACAAGAGUUCCUUCAGAAGCAGCAGCAAGAUCUGGACAGCGCUCUGAAGAAGAUCAUCCAGCAACACAAACAUGAGCUCGCCACCAUCGAGAGAGACUGCCUCAACCACAAGCAGCAGCUUCUCCGAGCACGUGAGGCUGCCAUGUGGGAGCUGGAAGAGCGCCAUCUGCAGGAGAAGCACCAGCUGUUCAAGCAGCAGCUCAAAGACCAAUACUUCAUGCAGAGGCAUCAGCUGCUGAAGAGACAUGAGAAGGAGAUGGAGCAGAUGCAUCGCUACAACCAGCGCCUGAUCGAGGAGAUGAAGAACAAGCAGACGCAGGAGAGAACCAGACUGCCCAAGAUUCAGCGCAGCGAGGCCAAGACCCGCAUGGCCAUGUUCAAGAAGAGCCUUCGUAUCACCGGAGCUGUCAUCACCCUCGAGCAGGAGAGGGAGAAGGUCAAACAGUUUGCAGCCCAGGAAGAGAAGAGACAAAAGAACGAGAGGCUCCAUCAGCAACAGAAACAUGAAAACCAGAUGAGAGACCUGCAGCUGCAGUGUGACGCCAACAUCCGAGAGCUUCAGCAGCUGCAGAACGAGAAGUGCCAUCUGCUCAUCGAACAUGAGACCCAGAAGCUGAAGGAAUUGGACGAAGAGCACAGCCAGGAGCUGAAGGAGUGGAGGGAGAAACUACGACCCAGGAAGAAGGCCCUGGAGGAGGAGUUUGCCAGGAAGCUGCAAGAACAGGAAGUGUUCUUCAAGAUGAGCGGAGAGUCGGAGUGCCUUAACCCCUCCUCACAGAGCCGCAUCUCCAAGUUCUACCCGAUCCCCAGCGUCCACUCCACGGGUUUCUAGAUGAAACCUCCGCACAUGUGCACAGACAUACACACAGUGCACAUGGACAUGUUGAGCGCACACACACACACCGACCGUAAAGACGGAGCCCGUGCUGCCUUGCCGGAGGUUGUAAGAAGGAUUUCCUGUUGCUGGACUUUGUUCCUCAGUCUGCAGCUUCGUUAUUCUGCUUAUUUUGGCAUAUUUUCACAUUAUUACAGUUAUUCCCAAAGAGAGUUAUGAAGGACAUUUUCAGAUUUCAGAUUCACCUCAAAACCACUAAAGUGAAGUAGCUCUCUGCCCAACCUUCUUUUUGUGAUUGAAUUGUUUUUAUAAUAAAGGAUUCAGUGCCUGUAGAAUUUGGUCUGUUUGGCUUUUAAAUCCAAGCAAUUCUGAUAAUAAUUUGCUGCUUAAUUUGUCUCUCAUUUAGACAUUUGCUCUCAAAAAGGAUAGCAUUUUUAUACCACUUAUUUAAUAUUAAAUGGCAAGCUUAUCAUUUAUAACUGAUCAUAAAAUAAAUAGAAUGUAUUUCUGCUAAAGGAGACAGCACAUUUGUAAUAUCAUUAUUAUAGUGAUAUCAUUUUAUUAAAUGACAUAUCUCUGUUAGGAUUUUAUGUUGUGAAGGAUUCAAGGUUAAAAUAAUGUGAUUUCCAAAUAAGCUUUAGGAACUUUUUCCAGCAGAAAGGAUUCCUGCUGUCAGGGUUGUUCUUCAGAAUGCCUUCCUGUCUCGAGCACAAGACUUGAGAAAACAAUUUAGGAACCAGCAGCGGUGGAAACAUUAGUUUCUGUGUUGCAUUGAGUAGAGAUAGUGUUUACAUACAGAGACGAAGGAUCACUGUUAAUUGGACACUAAGGAAACCACUGUGGUGGCUUUAACAAAGACUGCCCAACAAGCAUUUAUGGACCCGUUUGUUGGUCUGGUUUUAAUUUUUUAGGUAACACCACUUUAUAACUGUCAAGAAAUUAUCGUGUAUCUAUAGGAGGGGUAUUCAGGGAUGCAAUAUUUCAUUGAUGUCGAUUCUUGAAAUUCUGUAACAUUUGUGAGAGUUGUGAAACUCACUAAGCAGAUCCAACCUACAAACAGCUUUCAGUUCAGAUAAACUAAAAUCUCCUAAUCUGCUGUCACAGUUGAUGAUGCGUCCUUUGUAUUUACUUUGGUUUUCUUUAUAUGUCUCCGCCGUAAGGUUUUUGCUACCAGGUGUAUAAUGGAUAAGCCUGCAUGGCUUUUCUUUCUUCUUUUUAUUGGAAUACUCUUUGUUGUCGUGCUAGCUAAUAGCCUUAAUACUUCAAAACAGCUGUAUGGAUAUACUGUAUACCUGAUAUGAGAGCCUUUUAAAGAAUCUGUCGGACUCAAGGUUUCACAAUGAUUGCAUCUGUAUUCAAAGAAACAAACGGAACAUGAGCUCUUAGCAUUUUCUUUUUCUUUUUUUUUAUUAAGGCAGAUGUAUUGUGAAUGAUGUAAAAACAAACGUGUUACAAAAAAUGGACCUGACUGGUUUAGGCCAUCUUGACUUGAUUGGGUCGUUUUAUCAUCUCAUUUUUUUUGUGAUUGGCUAUUGAGAGUUGAACUGUUAUGUACAAAAAUUGCAAUGGAGUGCUGUGCACCUUUUUACAAAACCUUCUCAGUAGCUAUUUAUAAAACACUGUACCACCCACAAUGCAGCAUCCGUACUUAGCUUAUUCACUCAUUGGAGGUUUGCAGUGUACAAACAUCAUUAUAAAAUCAACCCUGUCAGUUCUUGUGCUGUUGGUCUCUUAGAUUCCACAAAAAAAUUAGUAAAUUGAUUAAAUUAUGAAUGUUGAGUGAAACGAUGAUAUCCAUAUUAAAAUCAUUAUGCAUUUUUUAGAUAAAUGUAUAGUUUUUAGAAUACCUGUGUAAUGUAGAUUUUCAUUUUGCUGUAAAUAAACCUUUUUUCCUCUGUACUACA